GCAGAGCCAGUGCCGCGGCGUUUAGCUCUCUGAAAACAUGCGGAGAGCUCUGUGUGCGAUAAUCUUGUUCGUGGCGGCGAGUGUCGCUUCCUCUGCGCUGUCAGCACUUGAUCUGAACGGCUACUACAGCUACGAUGGGGUGAUGAAUUACUUGGAUUUGCUCGCGAUGGAAUACCCACAGCGGGUACUUGUUAAGGAUGCAGGUCGGACCUUUGAGAACCGCAUAUUGAAGACGAUAACCAUAACGAACGGCGAUUGGGUGCCCGGAAAGAGGGCGAUCUUUAUGGAUGCGGCCCUGCACGCCCGAGAGUGGAUGACACCCAUGGCCGCUCUCUAUGCCAUCCACGAACUGGUCGUAAAUUUCAAGGAGAACGCCGAUCUGCUGCAAAACUUUAACUGGAUCGUACUGCCGCUGGCCAAUCCGGAUGGCUAUGUGUUCUCCCGCAACUCAGAUAGGUGGUGGCGCAACAACCGCUCACCGAACGGGGGAGAGUGCUUCGGUACGAAUCUGAACCGCAACUUCGAUGUGGCCUGGAGGCAGGGAUAUGCAGAGCUGUCGGAUCCCUGCACCGAAUCCUAUGCCGGCAGCGAACCUUUCUCGGAGGCGGAAACCCGCCUAGUGCGGGACAUAAUGCAUCAGCUGGUAGACAAUGGGAGUGGCACAAUGUACCUGUCCCUGCACACGGCCAACCGAUCGCUAUUCUACCCGUGGGUGCACGAGUCGUCCCCCACAAGGAACCAUCAGGAAUUGCAGGAGAUUGCCCUCUUCGCCACGGACAGGAUACUAAGGGAAACGCAAACGGUGAUCAAGCCAAAGCAGGCCUAUUACUACGGCGGAAUGGUGGGCGGUAUAAGCCUGGACUACGCUUUUAAGGUCGGCUUUCCAUUGUCCUUUGUGUUUGAGAUGUCCGGUCUGGCCUCCGGCGUAGAGUACAAAUUCUUCCCACCGCACACAGAAAUCAGAAGGCUGGCGAUGGAGUCCUGGGUGGGGAUACGAGCGUUGGCAGAGAAGGCCAUUGAGAAGUAUCCGCCCGGCAGAGCCAUACCACGGAUUCCAAGAACGCCAGCCAGUAAUAAGGCGCCAGGCAGUCCGAACUUCAACAUCCUCGUUGGUUUGCUCAGCACACUGUUGGCAUACGUAGCCAACCAAUUAAUUAGUUGAAUAAUUUAACAAUUUCUCUAUAAUUUAAAGCAAAGGCUGGUGUAGUUUUGCACAGCUUUGAAACAGGUUUAAAAUGAUUCGUUGAAUGCAUAACGCAGGCAUUGCAUGUUGAAAACUGAAAGCUGAAUUUACAAACAAAGUCAUUUGACUGUGAAACAUACGCUAUAUUUACAAG